CAGUUUUACAGGCUAUAAAUAGAGAGUUUAGAAUGCAGUGUUUCACAUCCUCCAUUGUAGAGAGUGAUCGUGAAUGUUGAGGAAGAGAGCACUUACAUGAGAACAAGAGUCUUGUUUGGUAGCCAAGGAUGACUUGCCUGCUCUUCCAUUAGAGACUUCAGCUCUCUGUUCAUAGUUCAAAGCUCAUGCUUGGCCAGGCAAUCAUCCUGGCUAGUUUGACAGGCUCUUCUUUCCCAUGCUAGGCCUUCUCUUCUUCUUUUGAUCCAUCAAUGGGCAGAGCAAAAUCGGAGAGCAGUAAACAAGGACUCAAAGAAACCCAUUUGAUCAAAACAUGUGGAAGUUCAAUCGGAUUGGUCCUCACAGUACGCCCAGUACACAACGAUUUUCCAACAAAAUGUUUAUUUCUUGUUGUUGUGCAUAUUUUAGGGUGAUCGGUUUAUACCCAAUAGGAGUUUGAUGGAUCAUGAUCAAGCUCAAAUGUUUAUUGACAAGCAGAACUAUACCGAAUCGGAACUCAAAUUUCAAUGUGUAAAAACAUUAUGUACAAUAAGCACAAAACAAAGUGUAUAUAGCCUGAAAAAACUUAUGAAUUUGGUUGUUUAGAAAUCAGAAACCUGGGAAUACUUAUAAACUGGGGCUUUCUGAAAUUUCAGGGUUUUUAUACUUUCUCAUAGUGUGUGGUUUGUUAUAUCUUGGUUUGGUUCAACUGGGCUGUAGGAAAUUUCAGAAUUAGGUGAUUUGUGAUAUGAAUCUGAAUUAUGAUUGUAGAUAUGAAUGUGGAUGGUUUCUGUGCGAGUGAUUGUUGAAUGUGUAGUGAUUUGGGUAGGUUCUUCCGAUUUCAUGGUUUUUGACAUUCUUGAUAGGCUGUUAUAGUUUAUAGAAUAGGGGGGAUUUUUUGGUGCUAAUACUAAUCUGAAUUAGGAUUAAUAAUUUUGAGUGUUUGAGAUUAUUGGAUAGAAAAUUAAUCGUCGAUGGGUUACUGGAAUACGUGUCCUCCAAUUUAUGGUUUUCGUACCUUCUUGAAAUGUUCUGAUAGUUUGUUUUAUCACGAUCAAUUCUUCUCCUUUGUCGCUCCUUUGUUUCUCGAACGAGGAUCGCAAGUGACGGUUUUGGAUUUUGAGGAGGAGAUGAGGGUCAAGGAUUUCAUGGGCAUACUUGUCCAUGCUGGUAACGACGUCGUGGUUGGUGACUUUAAGGUCAGUGACUUUGAGAGUAACAGAGUCGGGGCUGGAGACCUUGGGUAGGCUUAUGCUAAUUUGGUAUUUCAAAGUGGAACUGCCUUCUAAAGCUUGCUUUCAUGGAUUGUUUACAGAAGAGUUUUGUGAGAAAGUGUAUUACAAGUUUUGGUUAUAUAUGGAGAAGAAUGAAGAUGGUGGGAAGGUUUCCAAUUAUUCUGGGCGGUGGAGAUGGUAAAAAGUUCUCAAACUUGAGAAUCGUAUAUUGGCCGGUGAACUGUUGUCUCUAUGAGCAUAAGAUUUGCCUUUUCUUGAGAUCUUCUUUAUCGUUUCAGAUCUGCGUUUUUCUAUCUACUUCUGCUUCUCGAUGCAUAUGAAGAACCCAGAUAGCUAAUGUUUUCUUAAUCAUUGGUAGGUCUCAUUUAACUAUUGUUUCCAGAGAGAUAAACGGAUAGAUAAUUGAAAAGGUUUAUGGAUGAUUAAUUGGAGAUGCACGCAUGUAUACGGUAUACCAGCAAAAUUGAAGGAAAACAUUAAAAAAGAGCCGAAAGAUGAUUAAUAAAGGGCAAUUAUGUCAUUUUAAAUUGAAGUGAUUUGAAAUUUCUGAUAUACCCUCACAAUUGACUGACUAUAGGUAUCAAGUUGAGGUUGAUAUGCUUUUGAAAGUUUAGAUAUUUUUUUGAUUACUCUCAAAAGUUGUGUAUCAUUCUAUCCGCUGCACUAAAUUUAUGACCUCGUUGGUGAUAAAAAUUCUUUUACACUCCAACCCGUAAGUUAAAAUAAAUAAAUAUUUUUAUUAUUAUUAUGAUGUAUUUUAUUUAAAAUAAAACACAACUGCACUAUCGCUUUCUUUCUCUCCAUCUUCUUCUCCUGUUUCUCUUCGUCUUCUUCUAGCUUUUCUGAGUGAUUAGGAAAGCAACUAUAUUAAGUUAUCAACAAAUUAGAACAUAUUCAAGCAACCAUAACAACAUAUUAGAACAUAUCCAAGCAACCACAAGUAGCCCAGAUUUCAACAUCGCAAACACAAUCGCGACCUCAACACUGUGAUCGACCAACGCAACACUACUAUGAUUUGAUUGCUCAAGAUUUGAUCUGAUCGAAGCUGCUUGAAUCCAAUUAGUUUGGGUAUGAAGAUUUGGGUAUUGUAUGAAGAAAUAGAGAAACGAGAAGGACCAUGAAUGACUCUGAUAUGGGUAGCACGAAAGAGGAGAAGGGAAGAAACAAUAAAAUGACAGGUGACUUGAGGCUGUCAAAAUUGACAUAUGAAACCAAGAAUUGUUAUCCAUGGUGGAUUUGAAGGAUGGGUUGAAGAGAAUGAAAUUUGCCUUUUGUAUUCGUUGGAGCUCCACAGUGGAUCUUGACGCCACCGUUGGAGAUGCUCUAAUGAUUAUUGCAGAAGUACAGUUACGUUGAGCUCACUGCCUCGAGCAUGGGUAUAAAUGUCAUCAACCAGUGGGUACAAACUCCAAGAGUAAAAAAGCUACCACCAUUAUUAUUUUCGUACCAGUUAUGCAGCAUGUAAUAUGUGAAUAUAUUGAACAAAAAUCAAUUGAAAAUAGUUUGCCAAACAUCUAAAGGAAUAAUUUGAUGAGAUCAAUAUAAAUAUACAAUUUGUAUCAUACAUUUCCCAUAUUACUUGGUUCCUUACUAUUUCUUCUUCAAUUAUAGGUAAAUCAUAACAACCUUCUUCACUGUUAUUCUCAUUUCUUUUCUCCUAUAUCGUAGUUUCAUAGUUUAAAGUUUUUAUUCAUUCAACAAUAAUUGAGCUAAUUUAUGUUCUUUUUUUUUGGGAGAAUGAGCUAAUAUUGUUUAGUCAAUUUCUUGAAUGUGUGUGUUAAAAAGAAAAAAUUCAAAAGUAAUGGAGAAAACAAACAAAGGGGUUCGGUUAAGCAUUUCUCUUCUCUUGGUUUAGGCCCAAACUUGGUCCCAAAAGUAGCAACGGUUGGAUUUUCCUCCCCCACCUAUAAAUCUAUUUGGCGGGAGUUGUUGAAAUGCCUGCAUUCCCAUUCUUUCUGGUUCAAGAUUUUCUCGUCCUCCUCCAAGGACUCAAAGAAAACCCAUUUGAUCAAAACAUGUGGGAAGUUCAAUCGGAUUGGUACUCCCCAACUCGCAUGAACAGCAGCCCAAAUACCCAGUACGAAUUUCCGGGUGAUCGGUUUAUACCCAAUAGGAGUUUGAUGGAUCUUGAUCAAGCCCAGAGCUUAUUGACGAACAGAACUGUACCGAAUCGGAACUCGAAUUUCAAUGAGGCAUACAGACAGAAAUUGCAGGACCAACUGACUUUGGAUUCAGAUGGGAACCCUUUUAAGAUGUUGGUUUUUAGGGGAAGCCCAAAAUCUAGUAGAAAACCGCUUCGUUGUGUUGAUGAGAUGCGCCGGAGUGAUGAAUUUGAUAGUAAUAUGAUCAAACCUACUCAGCUUCGAAGUUUGCCUAAGGGAGAAAGUAGAGUUCUGGAUGCACCAAACAUGAGAAAUGACUUCUACAUGAACAUCAUGGACUGGGGAAAGAACAAUGUUCUUGCAGUUGCUCUGGGCCUCGAUUUAUACCUCUGGAACUCGGAGACAGUAAAUGUACGUAAGCUGUUUCAUGUCAAUGAGAAUGAUCACCCCACAAGUUUAGCUUGGUCUCAAGAUGCCAAAUAUUUGGCAGUUGGAUAUAAGGGCUCGAAACUCCAACUCUGGGAUGCUGAGGCUUCCAAGCUGGUUAGAAGCCUAAAAGGCCAUAAUCGCAGGGUAGCGACCAUUACUUGGAAUGGUCACACAUUAACAUCAGGCAGCCGAGACCGGUCCAUUAUUAACCAUGAUGUCAGAGCAAGAAACAAUGUGACUUGCCAUUUACGUGCACACUCUCAAGAAGUCUGUGGCUUGAAAUGGUCGGAAACAGGCAAUUUAUUGGCAAGCGGUGGCAAUGAAAACCUCUUGUACAUUUGGGAAUCCUCGAGAAUGAACUCAUCGAAAUACUUGUAUUGUUUCAAAGACCAUUGUGCUGCAGUCAAGGCGCUUGCUUGGUGUCCUUAUCAGUCUGGUGUACUUGCCUCUGGAGGAGGCACAGAAGAUGGGUGUAUUAAGUUAUGGAAUACACAAAUGGGGACCUGUAUCAACACCAUUGAUACCAACUCUCAAGUCUGUGGGUUGGAGUGGAACAGGCAUCACAAAGAGAUACUGAGUGGCCAUGGUUAUAGUCCGAGAGAGCAGAUCAAGAAUCAGCUAUGCCUCUGGAGGUAUCCUUCCAUGGAAAAAGUGGGGAACUUGAAGCGCCACACCUCCAGAGUCCUUCAGCUUUCUCAGAGCCCUGAUGGGUUAACUUUAGUAUCAGCUGUUGCAGACGGGACUCUUCGGUUUUGGAAUAUCUUUGGACCCCCAUGUGCUGACAAUUCAAGGCUCUCAGCUCUGGACAGUUUUUUGUCUAAUAAGACUUCUCCAAUAAGAUGAUCAUGAUAG